GAAUCAUCGUGAGAUAAUUUGCCGUUUGCAUCAAUGCAAUAUGCAUUCUUCAGUAAAUCAUCUUCUUGGAUAACCUGAAAUUCACAUUGGGUGUAAUAAGACUCUAUGGCUUUUUGUAUUAUAACUUUUGUUUUUGCGCGCCCUUCUUCGUCUUGUAAAGAUCCACUUUGUAAAUGAACGACUAAGAGUUCAUCGAACAUGGGUCGAUAAUUAUCUUUCCUGUAUCGCGAAAGAUAAUAUGCAGUUUCUAACAUGGCCAUUGAAGAGAUUCCUCCAGAAACAGCGAGCAAAGCUUUUCGAGAGCGUCGAUGUUCCAAAUUUGGACGCAAAAGCUCAAAUUGACGACGUAUCUUAUUUUCUGUCGAUCGAACAAAGCAUCCAUCACAACUGUAUUCGGAUCUAGACAUUACCGUUGCCUGCUUCUUGCAUUUUCUACAAAGAAAUACUUUGUCGUUGUCAUUUCCAUCCAUGUUCUGCAUUUUCCCUAUACUAAUAGCGACCCCAAUUCUUUAGAUUUAUAUUCUUUUUUUUUAUAAUGAAAAGUCCAAUUUAACCAAGUAAUUCUUAUAAUAACAAUAUUGACUGGCUUACACAACGUUUGUAGUGGGCAAACUUUUUACAGGCAUAGCAUAGCACCUACUGUAUACUACCACACAAGGCAAUUAAACGGAAUCAUGUCUUUGUGCUUAAAGCUGCUCCAUGAGUCCCAAGGGCACAUAGUUACUGUGGAAUUAGAAAAUGGCUCUACUUACAGAGGCAAGCUAAUUGAAGCGGAGGAUAAUAUGAAUUGCCAAAUGAAAGACAUAAGUGUUACCGCUAGAGAUGGACGUGUUUCUCAACUUGACCAAGUUUACAUUCGGGGAUCUCAUAUUCGAUUUUUGAUCGUUCCAGACAUGCUAAAAAAUGCACCUAUGUUUAAAGUAGGACCUGCUCGUGGUACGCCAUUACCAACCCGUGGACGACGUUAACACGGUGAAAAAAUAUGAGUCAUAAAACUAUUUUAUUAUAACAGAUACUGUGCGAUUAAGUUUCAUACAAUGCCUUUUUGAAUACGAUACAACUGAGGUUUCUGUUGUUUACUGAAUAAAUUAAUUUAAUUAAAGGUUAAGAAGACAUUGCAAUAUUGAUCCCUAUUAGCAGUUGCAUUUCUGGCCGUUGAGCCUUCGAUUGAUUUAGAAACGUCUUCUUGCACAAGCUUCAUGAGAAUUGGUAUCUCAUGGAUUGUAUAACCCUU